UAAUUCACACCGUCAAUACAAUACAUACUCAUUCCUAAUAAUCCCAUUUACACAUUCAGCUUCACAGGUCUUCCUCCAAAAACCCUUUAACCACACAAAAACUCCUCAGCCCUCAAGUCCUCAACCCUCACUUUACAGUCACAAUCACACUCUUCAAAAUGUCGUUUCUCAGAAAACAUAUCAACAUUUCCCUAAAUUCCCUCUCUACCCUCCGCCGUUUCUCAACCCUAACACAAAAACCCUUCCCCGACAAACCCACCGCCACUUACUACGACAACCUCGCCGCCGACGCAGCCAACUCCGGCGACUUCGAUUCACUCCUCAACCUCCUCAACAAACGCAUCAAAGACGGUUUCUACAAUACAAAACGAACCUUCAGCUUCAUCACCAACACCAAUUUCACACCUUCAUUACUAAACGACGUCGUUACAACAAUAUCUCGUCUCAAUCCGGGCAUCACGCGCCGUAACGCGCUUGAAUCUCUUGUCACGCGCCUCUGCAAGCUUCGUCGCCCAAAUGACGCACUUAAUGUUGUUGAAUCUAUGUCACGCGUGGGUGACUUUGAACUUAAAGCCUGCACUUUCCAUCCAAUACUGAAUCUUUUAACAAGGGAUAGAUCACUCGACCACGCGCGCCAGGUGGUCGAGGUAAUGACUCGGCUUGACGUGCAGCCGGAUGUGACGGCUCACAAUUAUUUUUUAAUGACACAUUGUAUUACGGGCGAUGUGGAAGACGCGGUGGGAAUAUUGAGAACGAUCGAAGAUGAGGGUUUGUGUGUGGACGAACGAACAUACGACGCACUUGUGUUAGGUGCGUGUAGGAAGGGGAAUGUGGUUGGUGCUAUGGUGUUGGUGAGGAGGAUGGUGGAUGAUGGAGUGUAUAUGUUGUAUUCAACACAUAUUCAUGUGAUUGAAGCAUUGUUGAAGAUGAAUUGUUCUGAACAAGGUUUGAGUUAUGUGAGGUGUUUUAGUGGGAAAGAUAAGGCUUUAGAUUGUGAGCUAUUUCGGUGUUUAGGUGGUAAACUUGUGGAGAUGAAUAAGUUGAAAGAGGCAAUGUUGGUUUUUAGGGAAAUGGAUGAAAGGGGUUUGCAAAUGAGUGAUAAAAUGAGAGAGAUUUAUGAAAUGAAUGUUGGAGUUGGAAAUGAUGAUAAAUUGUUAGAGUAGUGAUUGAUAGUGGAGUUGUUAGGAUGAAAGAAUGAACUUUAGCAAAUUAAAUCCUCUAUGGCUGAUUUUAUGGUAUAGAUUUCAUUUUAGGUAUUAGAAUUUGAGGUUAGUAUUAGAAAGGUUAGUGUUAUGUGCAAUGAUCGGUUGGCGCAAUUUGAGAUGUUGCAUCAAUAUUUUUUAUGCCUCUGCCAUUAAAAUUAAGGAUGAUGACACAACCAUGAUUUAAAAUUUCGAUGGUUUGAGUUCUACAUUGAGGAUUUUGAUUGAGUUUUAGCAUAUGAUAUAGUAAAAAAAUUACAUGUUAUGUUAUGGACUACUUUUGUUGGGUGUUGAAAUAGGCCUGUCAAAUCAUUAUUUGCGGCUCAAUAUUGAGGAGCAUAGAGCAUUGUGGAGAUAAUACGACUUUUGCUUAUUACUUAUGAGUUAGAUUUGUUAGUUUUUCCAAUAUGUUAUGCUGGUUGUUUAACAUUAUUGGCUACUAUUGUGUACUUUGGUCUAAAGCUGGUGUUAUUCUUAUUUCAAGAGAGUGAUUGAGCCUUAGUUUGCAGCUUUUGUUGAGCCUGCCUACCUUUCCUUCUUUCA